ACUCUCACUCGGCCAUUUUAGUGUAUAUACUCACAUGGUUCAGGCAUGGCGGUGGACAUGAGAUUGCCCGCGAGAAAACAAACAUCUCUGCCGGGUUCUCAUUCCAGUUCGGACGGCAAACAUUUGGUAGUCCCGGGGGAUGUGAUCACAUCAGACACCGGGUUUAUGAGAGGCCAUGGAACGUACAUGGACGAUGAAAACCUCACCGCUUCCGUGGCCGGUGAGGUGGAACGAGUCAACAAACUCAUCUGCGUGAGGCCGCUGAAGACGAGAUUCAACGGUGAAGUCGGCGAUGUGAUCGUUGGUCGGAUCACUGAGGUUCAGCAGAAACGCUGGAAAGUGGAGACGAACUCUCGGCUGGACUCAGUAUUGCUUCUGUCUUCCGUCAACCUUCCUGGAGGAGAGCUGAGGAGGCGAUCGGCAGAAGACGAACUUACCAUGAGAGACUACCUUCAAGAAGGGGACCUCAUUAGUGCAGAGGUACAGUCGGUGUUUUCAGAUGGAGCCCUGUCUCUUCACACACGCAGCUUAAAAUAUGGCAAGCUUGGUCAGGGUGUGUUUGUGCAAGUCUCACCCUCACUCAUCAAGAGACAGAAAACCCAUUUCCACAAUCUGACAUGUGGAGCAUCCAUAAUACUAGGGAACAACGGCUAUAUUUGGAUUUACCCCACACCGGGGCAUCAGGAUGAAGAUGCAGGAGGGUAUUACACAAGCUUGGAGCCCGUUCCUCUCCCAGACCGGGAAGUCAUUUCUAGGCUGAGGAACUGCGUACUGGCCCUGGCAGCUCACAAAGUCAUGCUUUAUGACACCAGCAUUCUCUACUGCUAUGAGUCCUCUCUGACACACCAGAUAAAAGACAUAUUGAAACCAGAGAUCACAGACGAUAUCGUGAUGGAGACACGGCAACGACUUCUAGACCAAGAGGGUUAGAAAGCUCGCGGUCAAAGACGUGAAUAUGAGAAAUACGAGCUCUCACAGAAGGGGUUCACAACAGUGUUAAAUACAAGACUUGGCAUUCAUCUUUCUUAUAAAAAAACAAAAAGACUCCGGGACAGCAUACAGUCAACAGUAACCCACUGAAGCUCACCUCACAAGCAAUAUUUUAUUAUUUUCUUUCUGUUUGAUUUUCUUGUCAUAUAAACAGUCUCGAGGAUUCUUCCUGAGAUACAGCUUUACAAUCUGCGUGGUGUCCCAAAUGUCUCCAUACAAAGGAGAAAAUAAAGAAUUUUUUUUUUUCAUGCAAAAUGACUUUCAUAAUUUUUCAUACUUGAAGUAUAUUGCUGAAAGUUUUGGGACAACCCUCCAAAUCAUUGAAUUCAGGGGUUGGGCUUGGCCUCUUAGUUCCAGUAAGUCUCCACUCUAAUUCAUCCCAAAGGUGUUCUAUCGGGUUGAGGUCAAGUUCCUCCACACCAGACUCGCUCUUUAUGGACCUUGCUUUGUCCACUGGUGUGCAGUCAUGUUGGAACAGGACGCGGUCAUCCCCAAACUGUUCCCACAAAGGUGGGAGCAUGAAAUUGUCCAAAAUGUCUUGGUAUGCUGAAGCAUUAAGAGUUCCUUUCACUUGAACUAAGGGGUCACAAGCCCGACACCUGAAUUCAACGAUUAGGAGGGGUGUCCCAAAACUUUUGGCAAUAUAGUGUAGUUAAUUUUGUUCAGAGUGUAAGAAUGCCUUUGACAAACUUAAGCCAUUGUGUACCAUGAAAUAUUACAGCAAAAAGAUUGUGUAAAGGAACGUAUUCAAAAUGCCAUUACAUGCGUAAACAGAUGUGUUGGGGGAAAAAACAAGUUCAUGCUGAGCAGGAAAGAUGACUCGUGUGUGUUGACAAAGAAAUUACAUUAUAUAGAUAUAAAUAGAGAGAGAGAGAGAGAGAGAGAUGCACACACAUCUGGGACACCAUGUACAGAUGCUGCCAAGAACUGCAGGAAGGAAUACUGCAGAAUUGUCCAGCUCACUCUCUAUCAUGUGAAUCAGUACCACAAUGUUUACCUGUACUAAUAACAUAACUUGGAAAAACUUUAUCAUGAGUGUUAAGGGCAAGGUCUGGAAUUAUCAGUAAACAUUUCCUAAAUGACAUGAAGUUUAAUCAUUUACCCUUUGACCAAAUUUGCAUUUGUAGAGUUUUGUUGAACUUUUUCAUAGAAUGGGAGCAAUACAGUGAAGGUGGGUCAUGUGACAUACAUGUGUGUGUGUGUGUGUGUGUAUAUAUAUAUAUAAUCAUAAUACUCAUGUUUCUGUGAUACAUGAUCUGUAUUAUGAUACAAAUGUCUGCUACGAAAAUCCGUCUACAGACAUGAACUAAAAAUUUUAAAACAUUCUCAUCCAAGUUCUUAAUCAUUUUCAAGUAAUAUUAAAGUGAACAAAAAUCUCCCAAUUCCUUCCAUAAAUACAUGUUCAUAAUAUCAACAUUAGGUUGUUAUAUUUCUUGGACC